GGCACAUACAAAAACGUAAGCAGUAAGGAAAUCGUAACAUUGGAUUCACUAUUGACAUGUAAGUGACCACGAGUUUGGCAUUUUUCUAGUUGACAUUAGUUGACAUGUGUUUGAACUGUGAAAAGUUGGAUUAAACAUAAAAUUAAAAGAUAAACAAUAGUGAUAAUAUAUACCAAUAUACACGAUGACGACGCAAGAAGUGAAGAGAAGUAAGAAAAAAAGCGCGCAGAAAGAAGGUAUAACGCAGGAGGAAAACAAGGCGGAAAAACCAAGCAAACCCGUUGAAUUGAAAUAUGGACCUAUUAUAUCUUUUCCAUAUCAAAGAGUAUGGUCUAGAUGUGUUCUAAUACUUGGAGUCUUGCUAAUAGUUUGGUAUAAUAACAGACAGGGUAAAGAAGUAUAUCUAGCAAAGCAGAAAGAUGUGUUGGUAAGUCGUACACAGAACGUUGACUGCUCUAUGGAUUAUAGAGACGAGUUAGAAAAAUACUCUGGCUGUGUACCGGAAAAAUGCGGCAGAGUUGUUACUGACAAACUCGUCUCGACAACAGAGGCAGAUGUUUUACUGAAACUAGCAAAAAGUGGAAUAGAUUUGGCUGGAUCUGAUGGUGGCGCGAGUAUUCUGGAUCUUCAUUCAGGCGCUCUUAGUAAGAGCCAAGGUUUUAUCAAUAUCUAUAAACUACCAGAAGCAAAGAAAAUAUUCAACAGUAUAGAUUCAGCAAUUUAUAAAGUAGUGAAAACAAAAAUACAACAUGCGGUGGCGCAUAAUUUCGGCAUAGAUAUAAAUAAGAUUUACUUAACCAAGCCUACCUUCUUCUCGCGAAUGACUAAUAAACCCGCAAAAACCAUACAUGAUGAAUACUGGCAUCCACAUAUCGAUAAGGAAACAUACGAAUCGUUUCAUUACACAGCGUUGCUAUAUUUAAAUGAUUUUAAUAAAGAUUUUGAAGGCGGCCGAUUUAUAUUUAUGGAUAAGAAUGAUGUCAAUACUACAGUAGAACCCAGAAAAGGAAGAGUAUCAAUUUUUACUUCAGGAAGCGAAAAUUUACAUCUAGUUGAAAAAGUGAAAUCUGGUACUCGUUACGCUUUGACCGUGUCUUUCACAUGCGAUGAGAACGCCGCGAUAUUCGAUCUAAGUUUUACCGAUGCAUUAAAGUAAAAUUUAUUUAAUUAUUUUUUUAGUUAUUGAAUACAUAAAUUUAUUGAUAUUCACAUAAAGAAAAUCGUACGUAUAAAAACGUAAGAAUAUCGAAGAUAUUUUUAUUCAUAA